ACCACCCAAAAGAUAAUAAAAUGUUACUGGUUCGCCAAGUUGUUGUCAAUCUCAACGAAGUUGAAGAAAUAAGACCAUUUUUGUACAAACUUCCAAACUGUUUUGGGCCUUACGAAGAAUUAUUUCAGAAAUUGGGUUCGCACAAAACCCCACUUUGUUCCGAUUACUCAUCAGUUUUAGCAGAGAUAAAACAACAAUACAAGGAAGAACCACUUCCUUAUAAUACAUUACUCUGUGUCCAGAAAGCUCUUGAAAAUAUUAUUAAAUUGGUAGACAAGGAAAAAGAACCUUUCCAGAAUGUUGCGCAAGUAUUCAUUCCUGAUCGAAGUAAUGUUCUCGUUCCAUCAAAGUCUUUAACAGUUUCAAACAACAAUGAAAUCGAGAAACGACUCGAAGGAAAGAUUGAUAUGCAUUUCUUUAUAGGAUUUAAGGAAUUGAAAAUAGACUGUGUGAGGGAUCCUGCUUUACCAUUCGAAAAAUGGCCGAAACUAUUACAGCCAGAUAUUUUGACAACAGAAAUAUUUGAAGAAAUUUCAACUGACAAUGUUACAGAGGAAGACUGCGUAGUAGCACAACGAAUAGAAUGUUUUCUUUGUUCUGCCCCUGUUGUUGAAGGAAUAGUACGUCUAGUCAAACAUCAAUUUAAAUGUGAUGGUAGUUCCUUCCAUAACAGUAUUGAGAAUACGAUUAUGCAGCGCCUAACAAGCGUCAAAGUAACAAAAGUAUCAGGACUAAAAACAUACCUUAAAUAUAAAGGGCAAAAAAUAGAAGGGACAGAAUUGAAUGCAUCCUGCUUCAUAAAAUCUGUCAUAAAUAAACAAACGGAAGAUGAACUAAAUUAUAAAGGGUAUGAACUGUGCUUUCAAAAAGAAUCUGGUGAACAGACUUUAACUGACUUAAUAAAUGAUAAGCAAGGUCUCUUGACAUUGGUCGACCUAUGUACUGAGAGCAGGCUUGGUAAACGAAUGACUAUUUAUCUGUCACAAAUUCUUCAAUUAUUAGAAAAUUCGUCAGAAAUAAGUAGAAAACUUGAUAAUUUACAAAUUGAUGCAUACGACCUCCCGGCAUCUUGGAAUGUUCCGAUUUUCCCUCCACCUGGAACUUAUGUAGAAAAGAAAUUCCACGCUUUCUUAGAACAAAGCAUUUCUCCAUUUAAGAUGUAUGAAUAUAUGUAUGUUGCACUUGAAGUUGAAGACUCCGGCGAUUUAACUGAUCCAGUUUACAUGUAUGCUGACAUUUGGAAAGAAAACAAAAGAGCUCAUGUUCUCGAUAUUACAUACGAUGUGAACGUUGGUCGUAAGAAUGAGUUAAUAACUGUUUCUAUAUACCGCUUGUAUAGAUUCAAACCAAAGGAGCAGGAGAUUGUUCAAGAUUUAGUAAAAUAUGACAUUGAACGAAUUGGUUCAAUUCCUAUUGACAAAAACUUUCUUCACGUAAGACAAAUGCUAAAAGAUGCCUGGAAAUUGGACGAAGCUGGGCAAAAAGGGGUGCUCCAUCGUUUAUGGAUGCAGUGGCAUCCGGAUAGAAACACAAGUCACCGAGAAUACGCCGGGCGUGUGUUUAAUUACAUAAAUGAAAUAGUGAUGAAAUUGGAGAAUAACGAGAUUAUUGAUGAUGAAAUUUCAAAUGACACCGGAAGAAUGCCUCCAGAUAUGUCGCGCUCAACAUUUAGAUUGUCUAGUGAGGCUAUUUAUAGAAGAGGAUGCACUCUUGCAGCACACUUUUACGACAACAAAGAAGAUUAUAACAGAUCUACACGUACAGGUAAUUUUGCCCAUCAUAGAGCAGAAAAAGCGAUUGUACAGCAUAUUGGAGAAGCAAAACGCUGGCACAGACAAGCUGUUCAUGACUAUAAAGCUGCCAUUAGUAAUAUUUCGACAGGAGCCGAUGACUUAAGCUUCAACUGGGUGUGCUAUAAGUGUCAUAAGGCCGCUGAAAAAGCUUUAAAAGCAGCUUGGUUUGCCAAAAAUGCAAAUAAAGCGAGACUAAGAGAUCAUUCGUUGGCAAAUAUCGCAAAUGGUCUUAAUGAUGGAUUGCUUUUAACCAAGGCUACAUCCUUGGGGCGUAUUACUGGAGACUAUUCUUGCAUGCAAUAUCCAGAUGCUGCUUUGGGACGACAACAAAUACCAUCUGAAAUGUUUGAUUGUGAAAAGGCAGAGAAAGCUGUUGAGAUCACAAAGUGCAUACUUGACACAACAGCCGAGUUAAUUGACUGAACACGCUGUUAAAAGGUGGCUAUAAAUGUCUGUCUAUUAAACCACAUCGAAUGAAAAUGGAAAAUGUACUUCGUUAUCUAAAUGAAGAAAAAACAAUCACUUUUGCUGUAACAUAUAUUAUUAUUUCGUUACAGUCAUUUGUUAUUCACAUCAUGUUUAUAAUUUUGAACCUUUAAGUUCAUAUAAUUUUGAGAUAUUUCAGUAUAGAUGUGUCACAUACUGUCUUAUUAAUUAAAGUAGAGUUGACUUUAGAUUGACUGUACAUAUAGUUUACAUGUUUUUGUCAUUUUCUAUUUGAUGUAAGUUCGAAUUUCUAGUAUAAAUGACUUUAAGAAUUCCAAGUUUGAUGUUACAAUAUUUUUAUCUGCAUAAUUGUAUUUUUCUUUUUGUUUCAUAUUAAUCAUUCUUUUUUUAAUUUUUACUUUUCUGAAAGUCUUGUUUUUUUUGCUAUUCAAAAAGUGUUGCGUCGUGUGCAUAUUGACAUUAUACUUUUAGAUUGACAUUUCACACAUAAUAUGUGUAUGUCUUGAUAAAGUAUGAAACCUCAUCGUAUGGAAACCGGCAAAGAACUUGAUUAUCUAGAUGAUAAGAGAGCAAUCAAUUUUGUUGUAAUAGUUUACAAGUACAUUUGUAUAUUUUGUAGAAGAUAAAGCAAUGUGUGUUUGAAAGUUUUAUCUUGUUUAUAUAGUAGACUAAUUAUCUUAUUUUAUUUUUGUGAUAAAUUAUGUGUUUCGUUAUGAAUAUGGCAAGUACUGUCUCUUAAUCUCUUUCUAAAUUAAAAACAAAGCGACUUUGAAAUUGCUGUUUAUACAGAAAAAAAAUCUUUGACAGUUUCUAUUUGAUAUACGUUUGUAUACCAAGAUGUUUGAUAGUUAUUUAUGGUUAACUCUAAACGGUUGUUUACUUUUAUAGCCCCGGCUGCUAGAUUUAUGUUUUAUUGCAAACAACCAUUUAUGCACGGCCAUAAAAUCAUUCAGACAUCUUUAUAACGAAUUUUGUGUACAGCCUAUUUUCUUAUUUGAGAAAAUACGGAAAUACUUCAUUUUCAAUUGACAGUUGCUGUGUUUGUAGAUUAUAUUAGGGUUAUGAGCGACGUAACGAACGUAAAAUAUUAUAAAAAUUGUUCUUCUACAUUUCUUCAUCAGCAUAUUGUUUCACGUGUAGAUAAACAUUUUACUUAAACAGUCUCUCAGUCAAACAUAAGACAAAGUCUUCUAUUAUCAAAUUGAGUUUGAAAAUUUCACUUCGUGACUUUAUAUCAUUGCUCUCUCGAGGGAUCUAUCCUUUAUCAGAUUACUAGGCUUAAAGCAGUGUUUAUAUAUUUUUUUACUUUGGCUGUUUUGUAAAGAUUCUUUCCAUGCUACAUUACACAUUGUUUUUAUAUUGAUGUGUUAUAUUUUAUUUAGUGUUAAUAGAAUGAAAUGCUUUUUUGUUUGACAUAAUGACAACAACAUUACAAAUUUUAAGAACUAUUGCUAAUUUCGAGGUCUUUUGUUUGUUUAUAUAACCUUAUAUUUCAUUACCAAAUAUGGAGAAUUGGCUUUCAAUUUAAGGGAAUGUUUAGUGAAUUUUAAACAUUAUGUAGAUAAAUAUCAUAUCAAUAUCACUCGACAGGUUUUGGGUCAUAACCAAGCUGUAUAUUUUUAUUGUUCUGAUCAUAAACAUUCUUUGAACGAACCGUUUUGUGUUGCUGUUAUUUCUUUAUUGAACCUUCAGAUAUAUUGAAGAUAAAUUGGCUUUAAAACAUUGAUAAUACUGAUGAUACAUACUAAAUUAAUGUUUUUUGUAGAAUUUAGCAGAUUACAUAGCAUAAUAUUAAUGCAUUUGAUAUAUAUGUGUAUUCAUUUUGUGUACCUACAUGUAAACGUGAUGAGAGUUGCUUUUAAGUUGUAUAUAAGAUGACUUAUUGGAUUAUUUUUUAUUAAAAAAAAAGUUUAAUUUGGUUUUAAGUAAGCUAAUUUGUGUUUCUAUUUACUGACCACUUCAUACAUUCAGAGAUUUUGUUUACCAUUUUGGAGACAACCAUUUAUUUUUUAAUCAUAUCCAUUGUAAGUUAUAUGUUUCUACCGUGUAUCUUUGUGGUGUUUUCCUUCAUUUGUAUAUUUCUUUUUUCAUUUUUAGAAGUAAUUCAUAUUUGAGUUGAUUUUGCUGUACUUUUAUUGCAUAAAAUUGACUGAAGCAUUAAUUAGGUUUUAUUAUUCUAUAAAGGCAGUUUUCUGAAAGUCUAGCUUUGGAAAAAUGCACCUAUGUUAUUGCACUUAAGGUAAUGUUUUGUUUUAUCUUCACUUUGUUGUUUAUUAAUAUGAAUGCAUAUGGUUAAAUUGAUCAGUUGUUUAACAAUGGUGGUAUUGAUAUUAAAGUACUUGUUUUUUUUCAUUUAGAAAAGCAUUUGGCUUUACUGUAUAGUUUUUUUUACUUGAAUGUUUCAACUUCAAUGUACAUUAUAUGUAUUAUUUGAUUUUCUUUUACAUUUAUUCUUUUGCAUAUAUCGGUUAUGUACAAUUUUGUUUUUGAGCAGUUAUGCUAAUUAUCUUCAUCAAUCACUUUCAUGUGCAUUUUUAAUGCUUAAGUUCCAUUUUUGUAAAUAGAUUGAACUCUUUUUUUUCAAGGAAAACAAAGCUAUAUAUAUCGAUUAGUACAAUUUUGUUUUGAGCAAUUUUAUCAGUUAUGCUAAUUAUCUUCAUCAAUCACUUUCAUGUGCAUUUUUAAUGCUUAAGUUCCAUUUUUGUAAAUAAAUUGAACUUUGUAUUUCAAGGAAAACAAAGCAAACAAAGUCAUUAUCAGCCCUAUGCCUUUGUCUACAUCAGUAUCAUGUAUUGGGAAAUAUAUUUGUACAGCCAUAGUUUCAUUACACCCAUUUAAGUGUUUUAUUGUCAAAUACACUUGUAGGCUAGAGUUUUAGAUGGCUGUCACAUAUUCUGACACAAGUAUGUCUCCUUAUAUUGAGAAUUAAUAUAGAAGUUUUCAUAUCAUCUGAUAUUUUUACUGAACAAGUUGAUUUAGAAUCCUUGAUUGCUUUUUAUGACCAUCAUGUACAUUAAUUUCGGAAAGAGAGCCUUCUACACUGUCAUGUAUAUUGACAAAAUUUACUCAUUACUCAUCUUGAAAAUUCAGUUCUUACUUUUGAAGCACCUAGCCUUUUCAAUACAUCUUUAAAAUAUUGUCUUAAAACGUCGUUAUUAAUUAAAUGUGUAUGUAAGACAUGAGUUCAUUACUCUAAUUAUAUUUUCUUGUAUACUAUGUACAUAUAUUUUAUGUGUAUUAUGUGUAGUAUUUUAUUAUAAUUAUGUUCAAUAACAAAUGAUACGUUUGUUACAAAAUCUAGAAAUAAGCAAUUGCUACUAAUGCAAUCAAAGUUAAAAGAAGAUGCAAUUACCGCUUUCAGUAUGUCAAAUAUGAUUAAUCAAAACUUCAAGUAUAUACUAACAAACGUAUAUCAUUUCCCUGUAGAAAGUACAUUAUUUCCUUGUAGAAGGUACAUUAUUUCCUGACAAUUUAUGACUUGGUUUUGUGACACCUAUAAUCUUUGUUUUAUUAACAUGUUGUUAACACUGGCAUAUGCUUUUUUAUUUCUGCAAGAUAAACGUAGUUUAUAUUCAAAGUCGAGUUCUUUGAAAAUUGUAAAUGAUUUAAUUAUUCUAAAUUAGUUUUAUUAUAUGAAGGGAUUACACUUUAUUAUAAUAUUAUACAAUAAAGGCGAGCCCUUUCAUAA